AUGACGAUUGUUAAUGGAGAGGAAGUUGUGAACAACAAGCAGGUGAUACUGAGGGAGUAUGUCAGUGGUUAUCCAAAGGAAUCGGACAUGUACGUCACCACUGGUACCGUUAAAUUGAAGGUCCCCGAAGGUUCCAAUGCUGUUCUCGUGAAGAACCUCUACUUGUCCUGCGAUCCCUACAUGCGAAACCGCAUGAAACCAGCUACUGAAAGCUACAUCGGCUCCUACACGCAGGGUUCGCCCAUUGAUGGACAUGGGGUGGGUAAAGUUUUGGAUUCUGCGCAUCCAAAAUUCAAGCAAGGAGACUUGGUAUGGGGAGUAACCGGGUGGGAAGAAUAUAGUCUCAUUACACAAACUGAUUAUCUGUUUAAGAUUGAACACACAGAUGUGCCUCUCUCCUACUACACUGGAAUUCUUGGUAUGCCUGGUAUGACUGCUUAUGGUGGUUUCUAUGAAGUUUGUUCUCCUAAGAAAGGAGAAUAUGUCUUCAUUUCAGCAGCUUCUGGUGCAGUUGGUCAGCUUGUUGGACAGUUUGCAAAAUUGUUGGGUUGUUUUGUUGUUGGAAGUGCUGGAAGUAAAGAGAAGGUUGAUCUUUUGAAGAAUAAGUUUGGUUUUGACGAAGCUUUCAACUAUAAGGAAGAGCCUGACUUGGAUGCGGCUUUGAAAAGGUAUUUCCCAGAAGGCAUUGACAUUUACUUUGAGAAUGUUGGGGGUAAAACACUUGAUGCAGUGCUCCUAAACAUGAGAGCCCAUGGCCGCAUUUCUGUAUGUGGAAUGAUCUCACAGUACAAUCUUGAUGAGCUUGAAGGCGUGAAAAAUUUGGUGCUUAUCAUAGCCAAGCGAAUCCGUAUGCAAGGAUUUAUAGCCUUUGAUUACUAUCACCUCUAUCCCAAGUUCUUGGACACUGUGCUAUCUGGCAUCAGAGAGGGGAAGAUUGUGUAUGUGGAAGACAUUGCUGAAGGCCUUGAGAAUGGCCCAGCUGCCCUGGUUGGACUUUUCAGUGGUCGUAAUGUUGGAAAACAAGUUGUCAUGGUUGCGCGUGAAUAA